GCGGGACUAAAUUUAACAUUCUUACCUCCAAAAUGGCAACCAAUCUGUACAUUAAUAUUCCUUUAUAUAUGGACUCUAUGGCAUAUCAUAUCAUAUCAUAUGUAGUGAAAAAGAAAAGCCUGUGGCCGUGGAAAACCAAGUGAGGCAUGGCAAGCACCACUUUACUUGCUACUCUAAAACUGCUGAUUAUUGUUAUAUGCGCAGGUUGGAUUUCUCUUUGGCUUCUGAAGCCAACCCAAAUAUGGACUAGAAAAUGGAAGCAUGCAGAAGAUAGCGCCAAUACUACAAUUUUUGGAUACUAUGGUCUUAGCUUUGCUGUGUAUACGUUUCCUAUAGUUGCUAUUGCAAUAAUUGGACUUCUUUUCUUGGAUUUGAAAGCUAGAUAUCAAAGAAGCAGAAAUGCAAGGAGUUCAUCAAAUAUCUUCUACAAUCCACAUGUGGUGAACAGUAUAUUAGGAAUCUUAUCCAGUAUUGAAAUACUGGUAACUUCACUUUUUCUCAUCUUCUUAGCAUGGACCUAUUACUCUCGUAUUUCUUAUGACUUCAAAAAGUUGAUCCCAGACAAAUCCCUGAAGUUGAACAUAUGGCAACUGAAGUAUCUGAGAAUAGCAACCCGGUUUGGCUUGCUAGCAGAAGCUUGCCUGGCUUUGCUGCUCCUUCCUAUAUUAAGAGGACUGGCUGUGUUUCGCAUACUUGGCAUUCAAUUUGAAGCUUCAGUUAGAUAUCAUACAUGGGUCGGAACUGCAAUGAUACUUUUUGCUACAAUACAUGGCGCAAGCACUUUGUUGGUCUGGGGGGUCAGCCACCAUAUACAGCAUGAGAUUUGGAAAUGGCAAAAUACAGGACGUAUAUACCUUGCUGGGGAGAUUACACUUACUGUCGGGCUAGUUAUAUGGGUCACUUCACUUCCCCAAAUUAGGAGGAGAAAGUUUGAAAUCUUCUACUACACACAUCAUUUGUAUACAGUUUUUCUAGUAUUUUUCUUGUUUCAUGCUGGGGAUAGGCACUUCUAUACAGUCUUCCCAGGAAUAUUCCUUUUUAGCCUCGACAAACUGCUCCGAAUCAUACAAUCAAAUCCAAAAACUUGCAUGGUUUCGGCUAGAAUUUUCCCCUGCAAAGCCGUGGAGUUAAUUCUUCCCAAAGAUCCAAGGCUGACAUAUACCCCUACAAGUGUUGUAUUUCUGAAGAUACCAACCAUAUCUCAUCUUCAAUGGCAUUCUUUCAGCAUAAUAUCUAGUUCCAGGGCUGAUGAGCACAUUAUGUCUGUGAUAAUUAAAUGUGAAGGGUGGUGGACAAAUUCUCUUUAUGACCUGAUACAUGAUGAAUUGGAUAAAGGUGAAGAUAAAAGGAAGGGAAUACAUGUUGCAAUCGAAGGACCUUAUGGACCUGCUUCAUUAGACUUCUUAAGAUAUGACACUCUACUUCUGGUUGCCGGAGGAAGUGGAAUAACCCCAUUUCUGAGCAUUUUGGUAGAAGUCGAUUCAGCUACCAGCAAAAGUAGAUUUCCGUCGAGAAUACAACUUGUAUAUGUCGUUAAGAAGACACAAGACUUUUGUCUGUUACAUUCAAUCUCACAUCUAUUACUCAAGCAAUCAGAAAAUUUUAAUUUGAAUCUAAAGUUAUUUGUAACCCAAGAAACACAGGCAGGGGUGGGAAUUAGGGAGCUACUAAACGAGUUCUUUGCAGUAAGAACCCUACAAGUGAAAAGUGUGUGUUCAAACUAUGCAGCAUACGGGCCCGAAAGUUCAACUUGGAUGGCCGCCAUUGCAGGGUUUUGUUCCAUCAUUUUCCUUAUUUUUCUUAUUUGUUUCAACCAUAUUGUAAUUCCGUCUGGAAAGCGCUCCAAACUGUCCAAAGAAAAGACCCCCUCUUGGGUUAUGAAUCUUCUUCUGAUAGCUGCUUUUGUUCUAGCUUUAGGAUGCAGCACCUUGAUGGCAGCUAUGUUGAGAUGGAGAAGGCUGAAGAAAGGUAUUUCACCAAUAUCGUAUAAAGAUAUUAAACCCCUUGAUCUAAAUUCAGCUGAAGCUAGGAAUGCUCUUGAAGAACAUGAAGUCCAUUUUGGGGGAAGGCCUAACUUUAAAGAUAUAUUUGGAAAGGUCCGGAUUGAAAGCUGUGGAUCUAAUAUUGGAGUUUUGGUUUGUGGACCUGAAAGCAUGAAGGAAUCUGUGGCGUCCGCAUGCCAUCAAGAAUCCGAGUGUUUCAAGUUUGGUGCAAAGAGAACAGAACCCUCCUUCACUUUCCAUACUCUCAACUUCACGCUAUAGUAGUCUAAGCAUGGUUAUGCUUUGUGUGGUCUAUCAAGUCAAGGAUUUCAGCAAGCUUUCCGAGUGUCCAUGGAUAUAUAUAUCAUUUGAUAUUAGAAUGUAAUAAUCAAAAGGAGAAGACUUGGAACAGUUCUACUUCUAUAAAAAUACAGUAAGUAUAACGGUUCAUCAAUGAGAAGAUAAAACGUGUAAUAGUUUGCUACACGUGUAUUUUCAUUAGAAAACAUCACCUGUAGUUUUGAUGUUGUCUCUUACAAAUGUUCACAUGUGAAUGUACAUAAAGACUGCAAUCAAAAUACCUUCCACUUUUUAGC